GGUGAGAGCCACAGGACUCAUUCUGUCCUCCGGCACACCCACACACACUCUGAGAGCCAGAGAGAGAGAGUGAGAUAGAGAAGUGUAGCAAGGAGAGAGAGAGGGGUGUUGCGAAUAGAGACAGAUAGCAAGGAAAAAGAGAGAGAGAGAGAUUUUUGUGCAAAGGACUAAAAGAGAAAGAGAGUUAGAGAACAGGAGGAUUUUCUGGCUUUUCUCUCAGAGCUGCAGAUAGAACCGGGAGAAGAGAAAACAAAAAGAUGGCAGAAGGAGGAGAAGGAGAGGAGGAGAUUCAAUUCCUUCGCACGGAUGACCAGGUGGUGCUACAGUGCACUGCUUCUGUCCUGAAGGAGCAGAUCAAACUGUGUCUGGCCUGUGAGGGCUUCGGGAAUCGACUAUGUUACCUGGAGACCACGUCCAACGCUCAGAACUGUCCACCAGAUCUGGCCAUCUGUGCCUUCGUCCUGGAACAGUCCCUGUCUGUACGUGCGCUGCAGGAGAUGCUGGCUAACACCGUGGACAUGAGUGAGUCAUCCCAAGGAGGAGGCCACCGCACGCUGCUGUACGGCCAUGCUAUCCUGCUCAGACACUACCACUCUAGCAUGUAUCUGAGCUGCCUGACGACGUCUCGGUCACUAACAGAUAAGCUGUCCUUCGAUGUGGGCCUGCAAGAAGACUGCGUAGGCGAGGCGUGUUGGUGGACGAUUCACCCAGCGUCCAAACAGAGGUCAGAGGGAGAGAAGGUCAGGGUAGGAGAUGACCUCAUCCUGGUCAGCGUCUCCUCAGAGAGAUACCUUCAUUUGUCCUAUGCCAGUGGUGAUCUGAUGGUGGAUGCGUCCUUCAUGCAGACUCUAUGGAACAUGAACCCUGUGUGUUCAGGCUGCGAGCUGGCUGAGGGCUUCCUGGCCGGUGGUCAAGUCCUCAGACUGUUCCAUGGUCACAUGGAUGAGUGUCUGGCCAUCUCCAUGCCUGACGACGGGGACGACAAACGCAGCACCGCCCACUAUGAAGGAGGAGCCGUGUGUAGCCAGGCCCGUUCUUUAUGGAGACUGGAGCCUCUGAGAAUCAGCUGGAGCGGCAGCCACAUGAAGUGUGGCCAGUCGUUCCGUGUGCGCCACAUCACCACGGGCCGUUACCUCUGUCUGGACGAGGAGAAGGGCCUAAUGGUCCUCGACCCUGAGAGGGCCAACACCAAACUGUCUGCCUUCAGCUUCCGUGUGUCAAAGGAGAAGGUGGAACAGGCUCGUAAGCGAGACGUGGAGGGAAUGGGCAUCCCAGAGAUCAAGUAUGGAGAGUCCAUGUGUUUUGUCCAGCACGUGUCCACCAGCCUGUGGCUUACCUACGCCUCCCUGGAUGCUAAGGCUGCUCGCCUGGGGACCAUGAAGAGGAAGGCCAUUCUGCACCAGGAGGGUCACAUGGACGAUGCCCUGACUGUGGCCCGGUCCCAGACAGAGGAGUCUCAGGCUGCUAGGAUGAUCUUUAGCACCACAGGACUCUUCAGGCAGUUCAUCAAGGGUCUGGACUCCCUGCAGGGGAAGAAUAAGUCCCCUGUCCCCGUGCCUCUACCCCUGGACGGGGUCGUCCUCUCCCUGCAGGACCUUAUCUUCUACUUCCGUCCCCCCGAAGACGAGCUGGAACACGAAGAGAAACAGACAAAGCUGCGCUCCCUCCGAAACCGACAGAACCUCUUCCAAGAGGAGGGUAUGAUCACCAUCGUGCUAGAGUGUAUCGACCGUCUGAACGUUUACAACACUGCUGCUCACUUCUCUGAGUUCGCCGGAGAGGAGGCCGCUGAGUCCUGGAAGGAGAUUGUCAACUUGCUCUAUGAGCUGCUGGCCUCUCUGAUCAGGGGGAACCGUUCUAACUGUGCGCUGUUCUGUGAUAACCUGGACUGGCUGGUCAGCAAACUGGACCGGUUGGAGGCCUCUUCAGGUAUCUUGGAGGUGUUGCACUGUGUCCUGAUUGAGAGUCCAGAGGUUCUGAACAUCAUUCAGGAGAACCACAUCAAAUCUAUCAUCUCUUUGCUGGACAAACAUGGCAGAAACCACAAGGUGUUGGACGUGCUCCGGUCUCUUUGUGUGUGUAACGGUGUGGCUGUAAGGUCCAAUCAGAACCUCAUCACAGAGAAUCUAUUUCCAGGUCGCGAUCUCCUAUUGCAGACCAACAUCGUCAACUACGUAACCAGUGUGAGGCCCAACAUCUUCCUGGGAACCUGCGAAGGCUCUACUCAGUAUAAGAAGUGGUACUUUGAGAUGAUGGUAGACUAUGUGGAGCCUUUCGUGACAGCCACACCCUCUCACCUGCGUGUGGGCUGGGCCCUGACAGAGGGGUACUCCCCCUAUCCUGGAGGCGGAGAGGGCUGGGGUGGCAAUGGGGUGGGGGAUGACCUCUACUCGUACGGCUUCGAUGGACUGCACCUGUGGUCAGGUCACGUCCCCCGCCAGGUGGCGUCGCCCAAUCAGCAUGCCCUAGCAGCUGAUGAUGUGGUGUCGUGCUGUCUGGAUCUGAGCGUGCCCAGUAUCUCGUUCCGGGUCAACGGCCACCCGGUCCAGGGCAUGUUCGAGAACUUCAACCUAGAUGGCCUGUUCUUCCCUGUCAUCAGUUUCUCUGCUGGAGUCAAAGCUCGUUUACUGUUGGGUGGUCGCCAUGGAGACUUUAAGUUCCUGCCCCCCCCGGGCUAUGCUCCGUGCUACGAGGCUCUGCUACCCAAGGACAGGAUGAGGAUCGAACCCAUCAAGGAGUACAAACACGACUUUGACGGAGUCCGAAACUUGCUGGGGCCAACCCAGUCCCUCACACACACCUCCUUUACCCCCAAUCCCGUAGACACUGCUCAGAUCGUGUUGCCGCCCCACCUGGAGAAGAUCAGGGAGAAGCUGGCAGAGAACAUCCACUCGCUGUGGGCCAUCACGCGCAUCGAACAGGGCUGGACUUACGGAAUAUUCAGAGACGACAACAAGAAGCUGCAUCCCUGUCUGGUCGACUUCCAGACCCUUCCUGAACCUGAGAGGAACUACAAUCUGCAGAUGUCUGGGGAAACACUUAAGACUCUGCUGGCCCUGGGCUGCCAUGUGGGCAUGGGGGAUGAGAAGGCAGAGGAGAACCUGAAGAUCAUCAAAAUGCCAAAGACCUAUAUAAUGAGCAAUGGAUUUAAGCCCGCCCCCCUGGAUCUGAACCACGUCAAGCUGACGCCCAAUCAAAACCAGCUGGUGGAGAAGCUGGCGGAGAACGGUCACAACGUGUGGGCACGGGACCGCGUGCGCCAGGGUUGGACGUACAGCAUUGUGCAGGACAUCAUGAACAAGCGUAACCCCCGUCUGGUUCCUUAUAACCUGCUGGAUGAGAGAACCAAGAAGACCAACCGAGACAGCGUCAACAACGCUGUACGCACUCUCAUUGGCUACGGAUACAACAUCGAGCCUCCAGACCAGGAGAGCACUGGCCUCGGCCUGGAUGACGUGCGGGGGGAUAAGGUACGUAUCUUCCGUGCUGAGAAGUCCUACGCGGUCACUUCUGGGAAGUGGUACUUUGAGUUUGAGGCGGUGACGACCGAAGAGAUGAGAGUGGGCUGGGCCCGACCCAACGUCAGGGCUGACAAUGAGCUGGGAGCAGACGAGCUGGCCUGGGUCUUCAACGGAAAAACGGCCCAGCGCUGGCACGUGGGUAAUGACCCGUUUGGUCGCCAGUGGCAGUCGGGUGACGUGGUGGGGUGUAUGAUCGACCUGACCGAACAAAACAUCAUGUUCACCCUGAACGGAGAGAUGCUCAUCAGCGACUCUGGCUCAGACAUGGCUUUCAAGGACAUCGAGAUAGGAGAAGGCUUCAUCCCAGUGUGUACCCUGGGCCUGUCCCAGGUGGGCAGGAUCAACCUGGGUCAGAACGUCAGCAGUCUGCGCUACUUCGCCAUCUGUGGUCUCCAGGAGGGCUUCGAACCAUUUGCCAUCAACAUGAAGAGAGACAUUACCAUGUGGUUCAGCAAGAGCCUGCCACAGUUCGCCCCUGUGCCAACUAACCACCAACACAUUGAGGUGUCCCGCGUGGACGGGACAGUGGACAGCGCUCCCUGCCUGAAGCUGACCCACAAGACGUUCGGCUCCCAGAAUGCCAACACUGACAUGCUGUUCCUCCGCCUGAGCAUGCCCGUGGAGUUUGACGAGGUCUUCAAGAUCACAGCCGGGACCACGCCGCUGACCCGCACGUUGACCAUCCACGAGGACGAGGUUCUGGAGGUGGAGCCGGACUCUGAGUUUGAGGUUCUGAAGAAGUCGGCCAGUAAGAAGGAGCAGGAAGAGAAGGAAAAGGAACCAUCUGUCGCCAAGGAGACGCCCGAGAUAGAGAAGGACGCGAUGUCAGAGAAGGGCAAGAAGAGAGGGUUGUUUGCUAGGGCUAAGAAGGCAGCUACCAUCAACCCUCCCCCAACCCCUCCCUUGGUGCCACGGUUACAGCAGGACGUGGUCCCAGAUGACAGAGAUGAUGUGGAGAUUAUCCAGAAUACCACCACGUACUACUACUCGGUGAGAAUCUUUGCUGGCCAGGAGCCCACUGGGGUGUGGAUCGGCUGGGUAACCCCCGACUACCACAUGUACGACCCCAACUUUGACCUCUCCAAGGUCCGGAACGUCACCUUAACCGUGGGAGACGACAAGGGCAACAUCCACGACAGUAUGAAACAUAGUAACUGCUACAUGGUGUGGGGAGGAGACUUCGGCAACAGCUCCCAGCAGGCCAGGUUCAGCCAGGAGGACACUGUGGUUGGCUGCCUGGUCGACCUGGCAACAGGCCUCAUGACAUUCACAGCCAAUGGGAAGGAGAUAAACACCUUCUACCAGGUGGAGCCCAACACAAAGCUGUUUCCUGCCGUGUUCGUCCAGCCCUCCAGUCAGAACAUGGUACAGCUGGAGCUGGGGAAACUCAAGAACAUCAUGCCAAUCUCAGCAGCCAUGUUCCGUAGUGAGCGUAAGAACCCAGUGCCCCAGUGCCCACCCCGGCUGGACAUCCAGAUGUUGACCCCCGUCAUCUGGUCCCGCAUGCCCAACCACUUCCUGGACCCAGAGGUCGGCAGGGUCAGCGAGAGGCUGGGCUGGAUGGUGGAGUGUACCGAACCCCUCACCAUGAUGGCCCUGCAUAUACCUGAGGAGAACAGGUGUAUAGACAUCCUGGAGUUGUCUGAGCGCCUGGAUCUACUGAAGUUCCACUUCCAUACUCUGAUGUUGUACUGUGCUGUCUGCGCUCUGGGCAACAACCGUGUAGCACACGCCCUCUGCUCGCACGUUGAUGAAUCACAGCUCUUCUACGCCAUGGAAAACACCUACCUGCCCGGUCCCCUUCGCAGCGGGUUCUACGACCUGCUAAUCUCCAUCCACCUGGAGUCAGCUAAGCGGGCACGGCUGGGCACCAACAGGGAGUUCAUUGUGCCCAUGUCCGCCGAGACCCUCAGCAUCACCCUGUACCCUGACGCUGAGAAGGCCUCUGACCUUCCUGGGGUGGGGUUAACUACCUGUCUUAGACCCAAGCUGCACUUCUCAACCAUCAACUUUGUUGGGACGGAUCCUGAUCUGUACACUCUGAGCCCCGUCUUCCCUCUUCAGGAACUGAAGACAAAAGCCAUCAGCAUGUUGACAGAGGCAGUUCUGGAUGGUAGCCAGGCUAUGAGAGACCCAGUAGGGGGCAGCGUAGAGUUCCACUUCGUCCCCAUCCUGAAGCUCAUCAGCACUCUCCUCAUCAUGGGCAUCUUCAACGAUGAAGACGUGAAACACAUCCUCAAGAUGAUUGACCCCAAUGUGUUCGCUGGGAAAAAAGAGGAGGUGGAGGAGGGAGACAAGGCAGAGGAUGCUACCGCCAAGGAAGAGGGUGAAGAAGUGAAGGAGAAAGAAGAGGAGGAGGCCGAUGAAGGAGUAGGGGAGGAGGAAGAAGAGGAUGAGGAACUGAAACACCUAGAGAAAGAAGAGGGGGAGGAGGAGGAGGAGGAGGAGGGGGAGAAGGAACACGAGGAGGAGGAGAAGGAGAAAGAGGAAGAUGGGGAGGAAAAUGUGAUGACAGAAGAGGAGGCAGCGGCGAUCGAGUUGGAGCUGGAGAAGGAAGAGGCGGCUUUGGAGGAGGGACUACUGCAGAUGAAACUACCAGAGUCUGUCAAACUGCAGAUGUGUACGCUGCUGCAGUACUUCUGUGACUGUGAACUGAGGCACAGAGUGGAGGCUAUCGUGGCGUACUCGGAUCAGUUUGUCAACGCCAUUCAGACCAAUCAGAGAGUUCGCUAUAACCUGCUGAUGCAGGCCUUCUCCAUGAGCGCUGCCGAGACCGCACGCAAGACACGAGAGUUCCGCUCCCCACCUCAGGACCAGGUGAUCCUGCUGACUAACUUCAAGCAUGGUCCGGAGGAGGAGGAGUGCCCAGUACCGGAGGAGACCAGAGACACACUGACCGAAUUCCACACUGACAUCCUUAUACAUUGUGGCGUGCACAUCGAGGCGGAAGAGGAGGAGGAGGAGGUGGACACCUCUCUGAGAGGGCGCCUUGGCCGGCUGAUGGGAAAGGUGAAUAACUUGAGGAAGAAAAAGGAGGUGGUGGAGGAGCCAGAAGAGGAGGAGGAGGUCAAACCCAGCACUCUCCAGGAGUUGAUCUCCCAUACCAUGAUCCACUGGGCCCAAGAGGCCUUCAUUCAGAACCCUGAGCUGGUGCGCCUGAUGUUCAGCCUGCUCCAUAGGCAGUAUGAUGGGCUGGGAGAGCUGACCAGAGCCCUGCCUAAAGCCUACGCUAUCAACGCUGUAUCUGUCCAGGACACAAUGGACUUGUUGGAGUGCUUGGGCCAGAUCAGAUCUCUGCUCAUCGUUCAGAUGGGCCCCGAGGAGGAGAGGCUCAUGAUCCAGAGCAUCGGGAACAUCAUGAACAACAAGGUGUUCUACCAGCACCCUAACCUGAUGAGGGCUCUGGGGAUGCAUGAGACUGUCAUGGAGGUGAUGGUUAAUGUGCUGGGAGGAGGUGGAGAUUCCAAGGAGAUCCGGUUCCCCCAGAUGGUGACCAACUGCUGUCGGUUCCUGUGUUACUUCUGUCGCAUCAGCCGUCAGAACCAGAGGUCCAUGUUUGAUCACCUCAGCUACCUGCUGCAGAACAGCGGCAUCGGCCUAGGUAUGCGUGGCUCCACCCCUCUGGAUGUGGCUGCAGCUUCCUGCAUCGACAACAACGAGCUGGCCUUAGCUCUACAGGAGCAGGACUUGGAGAAGGUGGUGACUUAUCUGGCGGGCUGUGGACUACAGAGCUGUCCCAUGCUCCUAUCUAAGGGUUACCCUGACAUCGGCUGGAAUCCCUGUGGGGGAGAGAAAUACCUGGACUUCCUGCGCUUUGCCGUCUUUGUCAACGGAGAGAGUGUGGAGGAGAAUGCCAACGUGGUGGUGCGUCUACUGAUUCGUCGGCCAGAGUGUUUUGGCCCCGCCCUGAGAGGAGAGGGGGGUGCUGGUCUGCUGGCGGCAAUAGAGGAGGCCAUCAAGAUCUCAGAGGACCCAGCCAGGGACGGACCUACUGUCAAGAAGGACAGGCGGUUCCCCAUGUUUGGUGGUGAGGAGCAACAAGAGGAGAACCGCGUCCAUCUUGGAAACGCCAUCAUGUCCUUCUACUCUGCCCUCAUCGAUCUGCUAGGACGCUGUGCACCUGAGAUGCACUUGAUCCAGGCGGGUAAAGGUGAGGCUCUGAGGAUCCGGGCCAUCCUGAGAUCUCUGGUUCCUAUAGAAGACCUGGUGGGAGUCAUCAGUCUGUCUGUACAGAUACCUGACUACGGGAAAGAUGGUCACACCAUAGAGCCUAAGAUGUCUGCGAGCUUCGUCCCAGACCACAAGGCGUCCAUGGUGCUGUUCCUGGACCGUGUGUAUGGUAUCGACAACCAGGACUUCCUGCUUCAUGUUCUGGAAGUGGGCUUCCUGCCAGACAUGAGAGCUGCCGCAUCCCUGGACACGCUGGCAUUCAGUACCACAGAGAUGGCUCUGGCUCUGAACCGCUACCUGUGUUCCGCUGUGCUGCCCCUCAUCACCAAGUGUGCCCCUCUGUUCGCGGGCACCGACCACCGCGCCAUCAUGAUUGACUCCAUGUUGCACACCAUCUAUAGGCUGUCCCGCGGGCGAGCCCUCACCAAGGCUCAGAGAGACGUCAUCGAGGAGUGCCUCAUGUCCCUCGUCAAGUACCUUCGACCUUCCAUGCUGCAGCAUCUGCUGAGGAAGCUGGUGUUUGACGUGCCAAUACUCAACGAGUUUGCUAAGAUGCCUCUGAAGCUCCUGACCAAUCACUAUGAGCGUUGUUGGAAGUACUACUGCCUGCCUAACGGUUGGGCCAACUUUGGGGUGUCGUCAGAGGAGGAGCUGCACCUGUCGCGGAAACUCUUCUGGGGUAUCUUCGAGUCUCUGGCGCACAAGAAAUUCGAUGCCGAGCUGUUUAAGAUUGCCAUGCCAUGUAUCUGUGCCAUCGCUGGCGCCAUUCCCCCUGACUAUGUGGACGCCAGCUACUCCUCCAACACGGAGAAGAAGGCUUCGGUGGACGCUGAGGGGAACUUUGACCCCAAACCCGUGGAGACCACUAACACCAUUAUCCCAGAGAAGCUGGAUGCCUUCAUCAACAAGUAUGCAGAACACACUCACGACAAGUGGGCCUUCGAAAAGAUCCAGAACAACUGGUCGUACGGAGAGGUGCUGGAUGAAAACGCUAAGACACACCCCAUGCUGCGUCCCUACAAGACCUUCUCCGAGAAGGACAAGGAGAUCUACCGUUGGCCCAUCAAGGAGUCCGUUAAGGCCAUGCUGGCCUGGGAGUGGACGAUGGAGAAGGCUCAAGCAGGGGAGGGAGAGAAGGUGGAGCUGAAGACCUCCACGCGUAAGAUCUCCCAGACUGCUCAGGCGACCUAUGACCCCAGCCAUGGCUACAGCCCUUCACCUGUGGACAUCACUGCCAUGGCGCUGUCCAGAGAGCUGCAGUCCAUGGCUGAGCAGCUGGCUGAAAACUACCACAACACCUGGGGUAGGAAGAAGAAGAUGGAGCUGAUGGGAAAAGGUGGCGGUUCCCAUCCACUGCUGGUACCCUAUGACACCUUGACGGCUAAGGAGAAGGCCAGAGACAGAGAGAAAGCCCAGGACCUUCUCAAGUUCCUGCAGCUCAACGGAUACGCCGUCACUAGGGGCCCGAAGGACAUGGAACAGGACAUCUCCUCCAUAGAGAAGAGGUUUGCCUAUGGUUUCCUCCAGAAGCUACUGAAGUGGAUGGAUAUUGCCCAGGAGUUCAUCGCCCAUCUGGAGGCUGUGGUUAGCAGUGGCAGAGUAGAGAAGUCUCCACACGAACAGGAGAUCAAGUUCUUUGCCAAAAUUCUCCUGCCGCUGGUUAACCAAUACUUUAAGAACCACUGCCUCUACUUCCUCUCCACGCCUGCCAAGUUGCUGGGCAGUGGAGGCCACUCCUCCAACAAGGAGAAGGAAAUGAUCGCCAGUAUCUUCUGUAAGUUGGCAGCUCUGGUGAGACACAGAGUAUCUCUCUUUGGAACGGAUGCUGGCGCGGUGGUGAAUUGUCUGCACAUCCUGUCACGAUCACUGGAUGCCAGGACGGUAAUGAAGUCAGGUCCUGAGAUUGUGAAGGCAGGACUGCGUCAGUUCUUUGAGAGCGCUGCAGACGACAUAGAGAAGAUGGUGGAGAAUCUGAAGCUGGGAAAGGUUUCUAGCAGGAACCAGGUGAAGGGUGUGUCCCAGAACAUCAACUACACCACCAUCGCCCUGCUCCCUGUCCUGACCACCCUGUUUGACCACAUCGCCCAGCACCAGUUUGGGGACGACGUCAUCUUGGAUGACCUUCAGAUCUCGUGUUACAGGAUCAUGUGUUCCAUCUACUCGCUGGGCACCGUCAAGACGCCUCACGCUGAGAAGCAGAGGCCGGCUCUGGGGGAGUGUUUGGCUAAUCUUGCCGCUGCCAUGCCUGUCGCCUACCUGGAGCCCGGCCUCAACGAGUACAACGCCUACUCUGUGUACACCACGAAGACACCCAGAGAGAGAGGCAUCCUGGGCCUGCCCAACCAAGUAGAGGAGCUGUGUACGGACAUCCCAGAGCUAGAUGUCCUGAUGAAGGAGAUCGGUGACCUGGCAGAGUCAGGGGCUCGCUACACUGAGAUGCCCCACGUUAUCGAGAUCACCCUGCCCAUGCUGUGUAACUACCUUCCCCGUUGGUGGGAAAGAGGUCUGGAGAACUACCCCGACCUGGACGGUCAGCUCUGUACUGACGUCACCUCAGAACAACUCAACCAGUUGCUGGGCAACAUCAUGAAGAUAGUGGUGAAUAAUCUGGGGAUAGACGAAGCCUCCUGGAUGAAACGCCUGGCAGUGUUUGCCCAGCCCAUCGUUAGCAGGGCCAAGCCUGAGAUGUUGAAGUCUCAUUUCAUCCCGACCAUGGAGAAACUGAAGAAACGUAGUGGGAAGGUAGUGGCUGAGGAGGAGCAGCUGAGACUGGAGGGGAAGUCUGAGGUGGACAGUGAGGAAGGAACCAUUAGGGAUGAGUUUGCUGUUCUCUGCAGAGACCUCUACGCUCUGUACCCUCUACUGAUCAGAUAUGUGGAUAACAACAGGGCUCGAUGGUUGACCUGUCCAGACCCAGAUGCUGAGGAACUCUUCAGGAUGGUUGGAGAGGUGUUCAUCUUCUGGUCCAAGUCUCAUAACUUCAAGCGUGAGGAGCAGAACUUUGUGGUAAUGAAUGAGAUCAACAACAUGUCUUUCCUGACCGCUGACAGCAAGAGUAAGAUGAGCAAGGCCGGCGGGGAAGAGGCUGGAGGUUCUGAUGUGGAGCGUACCAAGAAGAAGCGAAGGGGGGACCGCUAUUCGGUGCAGACAUCUCUGAUCGUAGCGGCGCUGAAGAAGAUGCUUCCUAUUGGCCUCAACAUGUGUUCCCCUGCUGACCAGGAACUGAUUAACCUGGCCAAGAUACGCUACAGCCUGAAAGACACAGAUGAGGAGGUGAGAGAGUUUCUACAGAACAACAUGCAUCUACAGGGCAAGGUGAGUAAGCACACCUCCACCUAGAUGAGCUUUUGUGCC